CGGGACUUGUCGGGCUACGUCACCGUGUCGGCAGGAGCAGAGGCGGUGGAGUGCCGGAGAGUUUCGCCCUGACUAUCCGGUUGUCAUUCCCUGAGGAAGAAGAAGAAGAGGGUGUGUUCCGAAAUUUACCUGUCCAGUGUUACCUGGCCUUGUCGUCGUGCAUGUCGCCCGUCGAAUUUCAGCUGCUUUAGGACGUGAAAACACUGGCUUCACUUCGGAGUAAAACGGAGAAGGCAUUAAAGGAUGCUAAGAAGAUCUUGACUCGUGGCCCCAACAUGAGUGUGACAUCAUGGUUCCUGGUCAGCAGCUCUGGCACACGCCACCGGUUGCCAAGGGAGAUGAUCUUUGUUGGCCGGGAUGAUUGCGAGUUAAUGCUGCAGUCUCGCAGUGUGGACAAACAGCACGCUGUGAUCAACUACGACACCAACACAGACGAGCACAUGGUGAAGGAUCUGGGCAGCUUGAAUGGGACAUUUGUGAAUGAUCUAAGAAUCCCAGACCAGACCUACAUCACCCUCAAGCUCUCUGACGUCAUUCGCUUUGGAUAUGAUGCUCAUGUAUAUAUUCUGGAGAAAAGUCAACACAAGGUCCCAGAGGAGGCUCUUAAACAUGAGAAGUACACAAGCCAGUUGCAGCUUACUAUCAAAGCCCUGGAGGCCAAGGCGAAGGAAAAACAGCAGCAGCUCCUGAGCCCAGAUAAGAGCAAAGUCUCCAAUGUGAAAGUGCAGGACAGGGCUGAUCGAAGGGCCCACUCACUCACAGCUACCACAGAUUCUCCAAUAUCCAAGCCUACUCCUCUCUAUGGCCAACCGUCCUGGUGGGGGGAGGAUGAGGACCUUGCCAACAAAAAGCGGAACAGAGGUGGAAAAUCGCCAGAGGGGUCUCCAGAGCCUGCCAAAGAUGUGUCCAGAUAUGAGGUCAAUGGUUCUCUGUCUGAUAGUCACGUCAAGUCAAUCUUCUCCUACCGCCGGGAGCCCAGCUACUUUGAGAUACCGACAAAAGAAUCCCCACCACGACCUGACAAGAGGGCCGAGUCACAGGUUCAAGAAGUUCCCACCAAGGACACUCCAGAUCCCUCUCAGUCUGUCCCCUCUACCCCCACACCUCCUGCAGUCCAAAGCCACGCCUCCUUCACCAUCGAAUUCGAUGAAUGCACGCCAGGUAAAAUGAAAAUCAAGGACCACGUGACCAAGUUUUCUUUCCGCCAGCAGCGCAAGCAACUUUCCGCAGAGGUGGUCACUGCACCCAGUGAGGUGAUGUCUGCUGAAAGCAAAGUUGCAGAUUGGCUGGUCCAAAGCAAUGCUAGCAUGAUGAGGAGGAGGUCACAUGCUGAAGACUUGUAUAGCACAAACAGUGAUCCAUCACUUCUAAAGACCACCAGAGGAAACCACCGUGAAGAUGGUACCCACAGUGAUUCAGGGGAUCCUUCAAUCAGCGUAAAUGAUUUCCUCCAAUCAGAACCGCAGAUUGGACCCCUCAGAGCCUCCCCACCUCAACGCUUUGCCUCCCCUGACUCUGAGGAACCCUUGUCCUCCUCUCCACCAGAGCCCCAGUCCUUACCCAAUCUUAGCAAGGCUGAGCCUCAACAGGCCUUUGUCAUUGAAUUCUUUGACAAUAACCCGAUAAGAAAGAAGCGUUCCCAGUCCUUCACCAAUAACACAUCCCCACCUGAGCCCUCAGCCUUAAAGGUCCAGCUGGAGAAGGCAAGGAAGAGCUCAAGCCCGAAUGGUGAAAGACAAGUCCCAUCUCCAGCCUCCACCACACCCCCAACCCAACGAUACACCAUCCCCCUGAAGGGCCCUGCUUCCACAGGCCCCCAAAGAGCUGGCUCUCUGCGAAGGGAGAAGACAGAGGACCGGAUUAGCACCAACUAUUCCUCUCGCUCCACAUCAUCUGUGUCUGUACGGCCCUUUAGCAGUGUAGGCCGGAGAUCCAAACUCGCCCAGGAAUUUACUGCUGAAUUCCUCAGACAAGCCAAGCAGUCCUCCUCUGCCAGCUGGGAGAAAAACACAUCGAGCCCUGCUACAGCAGCGAAAACGGAGACAGUGGUAACGUCACAGACAAGUCCUCCUCCAUCUAAUGCUUCCUACCAGCCACAGACUUCUUCUCCUAUCCACCAGCCUGUUCCCCUCAAUGCCCCUGUGAUGCCCCUGGUCUCUCAGAGUGCAGAGGUGAACAGUGCCCGUGUUGGCCCCAAAAAUGAAGAGGAGGAUAGUCUGAGCGAUGCAGGAACUUACACCAUUGAAACAGAUGUCCCAGAUAAAGAGCUAGAAGAUGCACGAAGCAAGAUUGACCAGGUGUUUGGCGUUUUUGAGAGCCCAGAGCAAACCAACCAGAGCGAAGCAGAAACAUCGUCAGCGUUUAGGCCUGGUGUUGUUCAGAGCAGGGAUCAGCAUAGGCAGAAUAGCUGUGGGGAGGUGAGGCCAGCUCCAGAACAGGGACAGAGUCUGGUAAAGGUUCAGCCAGCAGGUCCCGUGAUACAAGGUGCUCCUAAGUGGAUGUCUUGCUGGGCCAGCUUGGCAGACAGCUACACAGAAUCUGGCCCUUCGUCUGGCCUCUUUGACAUUCCUCCCCAGAUGGCGCUGUCGGGAGGGGCACGAGGCACCAUCAUCCAUAAGGCCACGCUCAGCCGACACCCCGACACCGUUGACUCGGAUGGUUCAAGAACUCGCCGUGUUCUGCCACAGCUACCACUGGGGGAGAAGAGUGACAUCUCAACUCCCAGCAUUCAUGUUCAUUAUGACCUGCAUUCAACGUUUGAUGUAGAAGGCAAGAGCUCAGUGGCCCCCGGCUCUCAGGAUGGCCUUGACAGGUUGUCAGUGCAGGAUGAUGUAGAGCCCGACAGCCUUAGUGACGCCAGCAAGUCAGAUGAUGGUUCCGUCAGAGAGCAAAGGAGGCAACCGCUGUCAGACACAGAAGAGAUGAAGAAAAAUGAGGACAAAGUCAGACUCCCAGACAAGCCUACAUCCUUUUACAUUGGGUCAGAGGAGGCUGCAUCCAAAUCUGAACGUGAAUGUUCAAAACCCAGUACUCCUAAAAGUGAACGAAAACAUGCAGGCAAAACUUUCUCAACAGCCACCCUGACUAAACCAAGAAGCAACCAAGAUUCUGGAAAAAUCAGGUCUAGUAUGUCAGCUCCUUUCCUGGGCCAGGGGACACAGAGUCCAGAGUCCAGAGAGGGCAGAGUAUCCCCAUUAAUCAGACAAGAGAGCUUCACCAAGGAGCGUCCUAGCAACGCCAGAUUGCCCAACAUCACUAGCCAGCCUGUUCAGAGAGAGACAGACCCUGAAUCAGGGUCCUGCAAUCAGGACACCCACUCUUUUCUCAAAGAGACGGAAGAUGUUCUUGCUGUCCUGGAGGCCAAACUCCAAGCGGGGCAAUCAGGUCCAACACCUUCUCCCAUAGCGGACUCUCUUUCUGGGGAGUCUGAUGUGGACACCUCCAGCACAGUCAGCCAACAGAGCAGCAAGACCAGGCAAAAUACAGGGACUAAAAAGCCCUAUGUUAGUGGCCUCCAGAGGGAGUAUUCUUCAGCGAGUGUAGCCAGUCAGGACUCAGUUCAACUGUCCAGUGUAUCAGAAAAGCGGCGCUCUCAGAGGGCAGACAGCAAUAAUAAGACCGAGUCCCUCAGGAGGCCAGUUGGACUGAGACGUAGUGUCGGGAAAUGUGGUUCCACGGACCUAAGUGAUGACCCUCAGAGUUUACCGUACUCUGAUCAAGAGUCCAACAACCACCAAACCCUCAAAAAAUAUACAGUGCCCCUUCAGAAGGACGACGGCAAGACCACCCGAAUAUCGCAGGCCUUGAGUCGAGCAAAUAGCUUGUCUGCCCCAAGACCCACCAGAGCAUCCAUGCUGCGCCGGGCUCGUUUAGGAGAAGCUUCGGACAAUGAGGGCACGGAGACGGAUAGGCUGGCCCAGGAGGCAGGUAAUGCCCCAGCUAAGCAGCCUCAGGAACCCAAGAAACUCUCCAGAUUGGAUAUGCUGGCGAUGCCUCGUAAGCGGACAAGCUCGUUCAACACACCCAGCGACACAGAGGCCUCCUCUGCCCCACAGCUGACAGGCAGGAGCACAGGAUUCUCCAAUCGCAGCACCGAGUCUGGUGGCAGCUCAGUUCGAAGGGCCUCUGCACCGGGGCCCAAGCCAGUAGAAAGGCCGCAGAAAGCAGCGCUCAACAGGACAACUGUCACUCGUGGACGUUCGAGCAGUGCCAAAUACGCUGGCAGCACAGCGAGCUCGAGAAGACGUCAGAAAGGCUCUGACUAUACCUCUACCUCAGAUGAGGAGUACGACUCAAACCAGAGCACUCCUAAACACAAACGCUCCCAACCUUCCUCAGCUUCCAACAACCCACGUGAUCAGCCUCGCUCUCGGCCUCAGCCGGUGGUCGCCCUGCGUCCUAAAUCCCGCAACAGAGAGUCUGAGGAUGAGAACCAAGGUGGAGAGGCUGUGCACAGUUGGACCAACCACAGUGCUGAGAUUGCACGAUUGAGUCAAGACCUUGCUAAAGACCUGGCUAUCCUGGCCCGAGAGAUCCAUGAUGUGGCAGGUGAUGGUGAUCCACAAAACCCUGGAGUGGAGAGCGGUACACCCAUCUCCACUGUGACUGCUCAUGAACAGCUGGUUCAUCAUAUUCCAGAGGCUGGAUUAAACUACCAGAGAAUCCCACCAAUUACCACAUCUGCAAAGGAGCUAGACCAGAGCUGGAGCGACCAUGACCAGACCUCAAGGCAAAGAGCUCGGAGCAAAGACGAGGUCGUUGUGGACAGUCUGAUGCUGAAUCCUGUGUCUCAGGUCAUCAUGGCCAUCAGAGAAAACACUGAGCAGCUCGCUGACAAAAUAAAGGUGCUGUUCCAGGACAGGGUGGAUAUCUGGCAAGAAAUCGAGGCCAAAGUUAAUUCUGACAAUGAUGUUCCCAACGUCAAAACCUCCAACAAGGAAAUAUCGUCCAUCUUGAAAGAACUCAGGAGAGUUCAACGACAACUUGAGGUCAUUAACACAGUCAUGGAGCCCAGUGGGCAGCCUGAAUCAUCCAGGGCCUCAUCUGGAGCUCGGCCCUCCAAAACUCCCUCCUCCCGAGACUUUAGAACGGUCCACUCUGCCUCCAAGCGUGGCGGCGGCCUGAGGCCCAGCGAGGGUGUCAGGAGAGCUGCGGUGACACCAGAUGAUCUCAGAGAGGGAUAUUUGGUGUGAGACGUGACACUCAAAUUCAGCUCUAACCCCACAAACCCAGGUGUCGCACCAUUGUGCACACAAUGAAACCAAGAAGGGGGAAGUGAUAUUAAGUACUGUACAACUAUACUCUGAUCACUACAACACCUACACAGUGAAGCCUGCACUAAAUGCCCUUUAAACACUCUCAGUGGGAGCUCUACACAUGAGAUGACGAUGAUUUACAGAGGUACUAAAAUACUUAAAUAAAUGCACCUCUGACAGGCUUCAUAAUAUCUAUACUUGAUUCAUUGCGACAUCUUUAUUUGCCAAUGAUACGACCAACAUUGCUGAUUUUAAAAGCUCAUUGUAAUUAUUUGCCUGGGCAGAACCAUCUCAGGGAAAUCCACUAAUAUAUAUCGUGUGUAUGUUAAGCAGUUUUGAAAUUUAGGAAAUCUUUGUGAAUUAGUUUUGGGUAGAAUGAGCUGAACACCUUGCAGAUGUUCAUGCACUGUUUACUGUGUAUCCUCAGUGAGCCCCUUGCGUUUCCUUAUUUUGUGGACCAGAUUUAUGUAAGAAUGUAAAAAGUAUCUAUAAGUGCUCUGUUGUGAGACAUGACUUUGGGAGAUUUAGUAGGCUCAAGUGCCAGACAGAUUAAUGUUUUACUACACAGUUGCUACCAGUCCAUUUCUUUUGUAUUUAUCUGGUAACAUUUCCCAGUGGAGCAACUCUGUCCAGGCCCUCCUUAGUAGAUGGACAGUGGGUGCACAUUGUGUCCAAGUGGAGAUGGAAAUCCUUCAGGAAUGUGUGUCCGAACAGUAGGAGGGACUCCAAGUUUAGUCACCUGGCAACCACACACUCAAGUGGCUGUAAAACAGGAGCUUUCAAGCUUUCCUCUGUAUCUUCUGGAAGUGCGUUUUUAUUUAUUACAGUUAGAGGCUUGAAACUUGUGUCCAUGUCUGACCAGCACAGUCAGCUGCAAGGUUUUGGCCAGAGACAAUCAUAAAUCGACUGACAGUUUGUACUUAGCUCGCACACCAAACCUUUAUAUGCUUAAUAUCUAUCAGAGCACUGUGUAAGAUUUGAUAUUUAAGUCUUUUGAAUCACAAGCUCACUUCCGAUAUUCACAUGACGGAAGAAGAAAUGUAAUUUUAGUAUUUAAGUUUUCAGAGUCUGUGGUGUGAAACUCUAAAUCUGAUUGUUAGUUUGUGGCAUUCUGCCGUUCUGUGUGUAAAUAUCUAAAGAUAUCUGUAUGUCCUACAAAAAAAUUACCUCUGUCUUGUCUUUUGCACUAAUGUAGUAUGACAUUAUCCCCCUUGACCCGAUAAUGCUGCAAAUUGAAAGCCUCUCCUCUACUGCGAACAUUUGAUGCUGUCGUUGGUUGAAGCAGGAGAGAAGGUGACUCAGUACACCAGCAGGUUUCCCUCCCUUCCCAGUCCACAUUGGACAUGUGAUUGUAAUUGGGAAGUACCUUCAAGUGCCACAGAGCUGUGUGGGAUGAUGUUCCAGUGGUUGUUUACAAACCGCUCAAAGUGUUGCUGCUAUUCUUCUAACAUGGGAUAGUUAUUUCCCUGUUGCUUUAUUUCAUUUUAAGUCCAAGCUUCAGCAGAUUUGGGAGCUGAAAUGUAACUCUUGUCAAAUGUGUGUCCGUUUUUUUUUUUUUUUGAUAUUCAACUUGUGUUUCCCCUCCUUUCACUCAGAAUGAUUUGGAUGUAAUUGGACUGUCUUGUUAGUUGGUAUUUAUGUUCUGUUUUUUGUGUAAUUUCUUAGCUGAUGAUUUUUGAAAUAAAGUUACUUGAUUAGCAAA